AUGACGCAUAUUUUUAUUUCCUAUUCUCUGUUAUUAUUAUUAUUAUUAGGUGACAGGGUAGCCAUUGAACCCGGUGUUCCCUGUAGGACGUGCUCUUAUUGCAAAGGCGGACGCUACAAUCUUUGUCCUGAUAUGCAGUUUUGUGCUACUCCACCAGUCAAUGGCUCACUGGCUAACUAUUAUGUCCAUGCUGCUGACUUCUGCUACAAGUUACCGGAUCACGUUUCAUUUGAUGAAGGUGCACUGCUUGAGCCAUUAAGUGUAGGUGUACAUGCUUGCCAGAGAGCUGGUAUUGGUUUGGGUUCCAAAGUGUUGGUCUGUGGUGCUGGCCCCAUUGGUCUAGUCUGUCUCCUGACAGCUAAAGCAUGUGGAGCAUCAGAUAUUGUUAUUACUGAUCUUGAUGCUGGGAGGUUGGAUUUUGCUAAGAAACUAGGAGCAACCAGUACAAUACAAGUCAAGACACGUGACACGCGUUUAUUAGCUAAACAGGUCGAGGAGGCACUUGGUUGCAAGCCAGAUCAGACUAUUGAAUGCUCAGGAGCUCAAUCUUCAAUAUCAGCUGCUAUAUAUGCCACUCGUUCAGGUGGGACACUAGUUCUCGUCGGAUUAGGCGCACCUGAAGUACAGAUACCAAUAGUUGAUGCCAGUGUGAGAGAAGUUGAUAUUAGGGGGAUAUUCCGCUACUGCAACUGUUACCCGACAGCACUGGAGAUGGUAGCAUCAGGUAAGGUUGAUGUCAAACCACUCAUCACUCACUCGUACACUCUUGAGCAAACACUGGACGCGUUCCAGAGGGCAAAGACUGGCGAAGGAGGGGCCAUAAAGGUCAUGAUACGCUGUGGGACAGAAUAACACACUUACUGCUAAUGAUAAGUACCAAUCUACCCUUUGCUAAUACCAUAUUACAACACCUGCUGUUAAAUAUUAUUUUGUGUAGACCUACUGCUGUUGCUAUUACUGUUCAUUGUAUUAUUAUAUUAAUAUUAUUAUUGCUUUUUUGAAAGGAAAUAAGUAUAUUAAUGUUAUAAGUAUUAUAAUUGAUAUUUAUCGUACACGUUAAAUU